CUCUUUAAAUCCAGAGUAGUAUUGUUGUUUUUAGAGAGAGAAAGAAGAAGAAGAGUAUUUCAGAAGCUCUCUCUCACUCACUAAUUCACUAUGCUUUGCUGAUUUUGAUGCAUUUUACAGUAAGAUAGAAGAAGAGGAGAGAGAAAGUAAGAGAGAAGUGCAGGACAAGUCUUUUUUGCUUCUUUUGUUCAUCCUUUGUUUUUUCCCUUUUUCUUCUUCUUCUUUUUUUAUUUUCUUCCACCAUUUUUAUUCAAGACUCAGACUUUUUCAGACAAAAGAAAAAAAAUUAUACUCACAAGUCACAACCAUUAUAUAUAUUUACUUCAUUUUGGGUUUUUCUUACUUGGGUUCUUUUUUUUUUUUUGAUUUUGAGAGGUGAGGAAAAUCAAUUAAAGAAAUCAAAAGAUUAGGGAUUUUUUCUGGUAAUAAUGCUGAAGAAAAGGAGUAGAUCAAUUCCAAAAGAUCAACAAAUGGGUCAAAUAACAUCAGAUGGUGGUUCUGAAACCAAUUUACAAUCUGAUGUUUUAGGGCAAAGACAAAAGACCAACUCUUUUUUUAAUGUUCCUGGUCUAUUUGUAGGAUUAACACCUAGAGGUGCAUCAGAUUGUGACUCAGUUAGAAGCCCAACUUCACCUCUUGAUUUUAAGCUGUUUUGUAAUUUGGGUUGUUCUUUUAGGUUCCCAAAAUCAUCUCAAGAGGGUACCCAUAAGUGUUGGGAAUGUCAUAAGGUUGGACUUGGGAGCAUUGUAGAUUCACUUGAUGAUCAUGAUGAAAUAAACCAACCUGUGAAAGAUAAAGUAAUGGCUUCAUCUAACAGUAAGAUUAUACUAUUUGGGUCUCAAAUUAGGAGCAAAGGAUCCCCGAAUUCGCCUAACCAUGGCAAUUUUUGUGAGGCACCGAAAUCGUUACCUAAAAACUAUGCAAUUUUCCCUAAUGCUAGGUUGAAACCUUCUAAUCUUCAAGAGGGUAGCUCUGAUGUUUUAUUUGAGAUUGGAGGAGACCCUAUAGAGUCUGAUGACCCAUGUGAGAAAAUCCAGUCUUCUUCUCUGGAUUCUAAGAGACUAGGGUCUGAAAUUUGUAGGUUGAAAACUCGUAAUGUCGAGUCGAGCACCAAGCGUUCUUGUUUUGAGAAAGGGACCAUUGGAAACGGUUCGAGUUCUGAUUUGGUUGAAGGAAAUCUUAAUACCGAGAAUGAGCUGACUAUAGGUUCAAUGCCGAGUGGCUCUGGCAACGACAUAGCUCGAUCUCUCACUCCUGAAGAGAUUGAGCUCUCAGAGGACUAUACAUGUGUUAUAUCACAUGGUCCCAAUCCCAAAAAGACUCAUAUUUUUGGUGACUGUGUUUUGGAAUGUCACCCCAAUGAAAUUGAUCUUGGAAAUAAGAGGGAAAGCUUCGAGACGAUUAGGCCUUGUUUGGAAAAUUCUUUGCAGAAAUCUCCAUUAUCACCAUACCCUUCAAAUGAUUUCUUGAGCUCCUGCUACUUUUGCAAGAAGAAGUUAGAAGAGGGUAAAGAUAUAUUCAUGUAUAGAGGUGAGAAAGCUUUCUGCAGUUGGGAUUGCCGUUUGGAGGAGAUCUCGAUCGAGGAGGAGCAAGAGAAAUCGAUCAUCGAUGCUCCCGGAGAAUCGUCGAACAAUGGUGACGACAUUUUUGAAAAAAACAUAUUCGUUGCUAUAUAGAGAUAAUGUGAAUUGCUAUCCUAGAGCCAUUAUUCACCAUGAUUGAUGAAACUGCCAAAAAUUUGAUCAUCUGAUAAUAAAGAGCUGUGUCUUUUGUGUAUGUAUUUGCAGCCUCAGGUGGUCAUUUUUCAUGGCACAUAAGUAUAACUCUUUUGUUGCAAUUUCAUCAUUCAUGGUUUUAGUGACUGUUGGAUAGCAAAACGGCUAGAUUUUUUUUAAAAAAUCAAAAUAUAAUUUUGACCUAGUUUAUUAUAAAUAGUUGAAUGACUUGUUUUGUCAUUUUGGCUAAUUAAUUUGGUAGUAGCCACAUUUUCCUGGAUUUUCCAGGCAUUGUGAAAAACCAAAAAAAAAAAAAGAAGUGUUUUUUUGUUUCUUCUUUUUUGGUUCACCAUUUUGAAAGGAGUUGAUGUAUAAGCCUCCCAUCUGGACAAAUUUGUUGAGAUUAAUCUAUAUAUAAGUAGUAUUUUGGAUGUAAAACCUUGUGCAUUAUUAUUAUUAUUAUGCUUGAUAUAAUUUUAUAUAA